CAUGUGGCAAAUCCAUGCUGAAUGAUGCAGCUAUCAAUCUUCUACCAAAAUAAGCUAAAUAUUUGUUGUCAUUGUUCAACUCUAAGUCUCUUUCAUUCCAAAAGAGAAGCAAGUCACUGCCUGAAAAUCAUUAGCUACUGAUCAGUUUGUUUAUCAACCACACUUUUCUGCAGUAACUACUUUCUGAGAAAUCGUCACUGCAUUUGUGCCACUUGUGACUUACCAAAAGCCAUAACACAUCAAAAACACAAAUAAAAGAUCACUUGGUUGAAUGCACGAGAAACCACAGUUCCAUCUCCUUUACAAUAAAUUGAUUCAACCACCUAAACUUUCAUCUCUGCUCCAAAAAAAAAAUCACACUACAAACUUAACAUAUGAUCAUAUAUCACUAAUGCACCACAUACAUAUAUCCUAGACAAACUUAGUAGAGAUGAAAGACAUUGAUACAAAACGCCCAAGAAGGUUAGAUCUUGAUGCUCCACUCAUGUCAGCACGACGAUGUAACAUUAUGUCCAUCACUAGCAUCGAAUUUGCACGCACAAAUUCGCUACAUGGCUCGUGUGAUCGAGUUCCCUUUUCAUGGGAGCAGAGUCCCGGGAAGCCUAAAGAUGCAAUAACAAGAGAAAAUGUUAUUGAAAGUGAUAAGGCUUUGCCUCUUCCUAAGCCACCAGUUAUACGAUGGCAAGAAGAUGAUAAUGAAGAUUGUGGUGAAAAAAAUGAUGAUGAUGGUAGUUUUUCGGAUGCCAUAGACUUGUUCUCGUUAGCAGGGUCAUUAAACACGAGCGAAAGACUCGAUUUAGAGAGUGAUUUUAAUGGAGAUAAUGGUUCAUUGUCACCAAAUUUCAUGAUCCAAAGAUUUCUUCCAGCUGCAACUGCAUUGGCUGCAUCAUCAAUAUCUGCUUUGGCUACUAACAAUGAUAACAACAAUUCUAGUAGUACUAAUAGUUUGAUGGAAGUGUACUCAAGCAGCAAGUAUAUAAGAGAAGGAUCAUGCGUGCCGAAAGUAACAGGAGAAGCAUUUUCUACUUCAAAGGGUUGUGGCUUCCAAGUAUUUUUUCCAUGGCGUCCAAAACAUAGGAUUUGUGGAGUUAAAAGUCCAGUAAGAAGAGUUCAAACCAGCUUGAAACUUCAACAUGGUCCAAAGAAAUAAGUAAUACUUAGAUGAUUGUAUAAUAUUGCAGUGUUUACAACAAAGUAAUAGAAGAUAGGAUCAAUAUAAUCAUGUAUGUACACUAUAUAUAUGUAUGUCUAACUACACUAUGCUUUGUAUUAUGUGCAACCAAAGAAAAGGAUGGUAAUAUUAGGUGUUGCAGUUUUAUCUGACAUCUAUGGCCUUCUGUAUAUGCAUAUGCAAUUUUCUUUUCAUGUAAUUCUUAUGGCUCUUAUGAUGAGAAAUAAAGGAUGUCCGUAUUAUUCUACUA